AUGGAGGCGGAACUCCCGCCGCUUCCACCAGUGCAGGUCCAGAAGGUUUCGCGUCUGGCAGAGGUCCAGUUUCCUCCGCGGGUGUCGGGUGAUGUUUUUCAUUGGCAGGAUGUGAAGCUACAUCCACACAGAGGAAGCCUCGGUGAGGAGGGGCGGCUGGCAUGCGCGUCUCAGCCCCGAGCUGCGGGCGUUUGGCGAGGAACACUGGAGGGUGCGACCCCCUCAGCCGCAGCGGCCAAAGUUCUGCCGCUGCUGCCGGGCAGUGUUGCCUUGGAUGCCUGCGGUACGCUUGCGGACACGGCCAUUACUUGCUCUUGCCUGCACUUCUUGCCCUCGGCGAUGCUGGAGGACGAUGUACGGCGGCGUCGGAGCGUAGCAGCACAAGAGCUCGGCGCUGCUUCUGGCGAUGAUGCAGCUUGUGGCCGAGAUUUGAAGGUCCUUGUCUUGGCGGGGCAGCCGGGUCAGGUCCUGUCGCAUCACGCUGAACUCUUCCUCCUUGCACGGGGCGAAGGCCGCUUCGAAACACUCCUUCGCCUGGUGGCUCUGGCACACGCUCCCACGAGUCGCGCCGGUGCCGCUUUGCGCUUCCCGGUGACGCGAGAGUCGCCCCUCGGAGCCUUGCAAGAGGUAUGGAAGGAAGUGGCGAUGGUUGAGCUCCCCCGGCUUUUUCAGCUCUCCGUCCGAAAUGGUGGGGCAGGACUGGCUCUGCCCGGGAAGGAAAAGUUUUUGGUGGAGGAGGAGGAAGAAUUCUUGAUGAUUAACUCCUGGCAACGAGAGGAUCCAGACUCGGACCGUUGUGGUGCGGCAAAGGAUCCCCUAACUUUGGAACAGCUGUUGUGGGUGGAAACCAUCCAUGCGCUGUCAGACACUGCACCUUGCGCAGAGGUGCCAGUACCUGCCCUGCGGCUCAAGCUGUCUGAUGAGGGUGUGGCCUCUGCUGAAGACCUCCUGGAUGGGCCAUCCGAGCUCGGCGCAGGAGUUCCUCCAGACGAAGCACCACGCCUUGCUUCGCUUGCCUUCCUUCGGCAGUAUGCUACCAAAGCCGUGCUGCAGGAAGAGUUGCUGCCGUGGCUACUGCCAAAUGGGGGCACUUUCCGCGUGUUUAGCGUCGAGCUCACCACCUGCGAAGGCGGUUCGCCUCUCAAAUCGCUAAGACCGCCGAAGCCAAGAAGUCUUGACGAUCUGUUCAGCGAGUCCCCAGAUUUUCGCAAGCCUUCUCAUUUUGCCUGUGGCGUGGAUGACGAGAAUUUUCCAGAGGGCAAAGAGGAAGAUCCGCUGAUGAGGUACGACCUCACCUCGGUGAUCCUUCUCGCGGAGCAAACAGGAUUCUUGCUGGCCUUCCAUUGCCUACAGGUCCGAGACCCCUGCUCGGUGUGA